AUGAAGAUUUAUCAAGGGAAUUUCUUGAGGAUAAACUCAUUUAAUUAUUUAUUAAAUAUGCAAGUCUUUUAAGUGUCAAAUUGGAAAUAAAUUAGAAAUAAGUAGAACAAAAAAAAAUUAUUUUAACUUUAAAUAUUGGGUAGGGCCUAAUUAAAAAGAGAUGAAUAAUAGCAAGACUCUAUUUAGUAUUUCAAACCUAAGGAUGAUAAUUUAUAACAAUAUUUUCAAAGAUAUACACCGCAAGGAAGCAUGCAAUUCUAAAGCAAAAGCAAUAAUAGAAGUUUGAUAGAUACUUCAGUUCACUUUUCAAAUGAAUAUGAAUCAUGUAGAACCAGAACUCCUGAUAUUCGAGUCUUGAAGAGGAAGCAGAACGGGAAGGUUAUGUUUUAGACUAUUCCGAAGAUGAGAUUUCCGUAACAGCAACAAUUUGCACUUAAAAUUGAUUAAAACCUGGUAAUUUAAAAAUUGCAAUUAUAAACACAAUAAACCGUGAGGGUAUUUGAUAUAUGAAUAUAAGAAGGGUUUAUUUUUUUCAGAGAGGAAUGGCAAAAGAAAAUGA